AUGUUGGAAACGACACCAGUCACCGUGUACGGCAACUCGAUGGAUCAUGGAUACGAGUCGGGGCCCAGCAUCGACCACUCGCGUCGGAGUUCAUUCGGCAUUCGCGAGAUUUCACUUCCGUCGCGUCGUCGCUACACCAUGCAGUCACGACUUCAAGUUCAGCGUGGGGCGAAUGGCGACACUGGAAACCGGAAGACGUCGUAUCAGUAUGGAAUGAACGCGCCGGGAGGAGCCGGAGGACAGAACGCGAUGGAAACUGAUGACGAUGGUUUGAAACCAAUGCCAAUGACUCGUAGACGUAUGAGUGUCCCGGAGAAUGUAUUCAGAAGAGCGGAUUUCGCUAUUAUGCGUCCAUGCAGAAUUUUCAACACAGAAGGCGGCUAUGAAGUGCUCUCGGCAUUUGAUCGGCAUGCGGAUCCAUACCACAAAUUCAUGAAGUCAAUCACAUGCUACGACUUGCAGCCAACUCACAGCUCGCUGGUUGUUUUCGACGGGAAAACAAAGGUCAAAGCCGCAGUUCACGCUCUCUCUCAACACGGACAUAUUGCUGCCGUGGUGACCAAUAGCGACAAGUAUCAAGCGGAGUGUGUCUUCAAUAUGGGAGAUUGUCUCACAGCGAUACUUAUGGUAGCCGCAGGAAAUCGCGAGGUUGCAUCCAUGACGCUGGUUGAUUUCUUGAAGGAUAUCGGGUCUGGAAAUAUUAUCUGCAGCGGAGUUCAAAAUAGCGUCUGGGAGGCUGCCAAUAUCAUCUCACACAACAAAAUUAGCUUCAUCCCAAUUUUCGAUACGAUUGUUCCAAAACCAGGUACUCCAUUGUUCUUCUUGACCACUCGAAUGAUUUUGCAGGAGACUGUUCUCAAAUUGAGCGACUUUGGGGAUGCCAUCCUUCUUCACGUGCGUCAGGCCACAUUGGACCAGAAGAAAAUUGGCACGUGGAAUAGCGACGUCUUGAAGAUCGGCUUGAACACAACCAUCGAAGAUUGCAUCAAGCUGAUGGCCGAGAAGAAGAUGUCCACCGUUCCAGUCGUCAACGACUUCAAUCAAAUCGUCAAUAUGCUCGCCAGAAAGGACAUCAUUCUCGAGAUCAUGAGCCACCAGGGCGGAAACUUCCACGAGAUGCUCAAAGAGCCCGUCAAAGUGCUGCGCUCACUUCAGAAUAGAUUAGUUUAUGGACGCACGAAUUUCACGGUGUUCGAGACGGUCGCCAAGCUUAUGACUUCCGAUAAGUGCUGUUUGCCGAUCAUCGAUGAGUCAAAGCGAAUUCUGGCGGUGGUCUCUUGCAGAGAUAUUUUGAGCUACAUUCAAACUGCAGAGAGAACACCAACCGAGGAUCGCUCAUCAUCAAGCAACUCGAGCACAUCUAGCAUGCCAAAAACUGCAAAGUAG